AAAGGGCACGGCGGCAGAGCAGACGGUGCUGUGGCAGCCGCACACAUUCACAAUCACACACACUACCCUUCAUCCCACACACCUCUUCCCGGUCUUCCAGGAUGAGUUAUACGCUGGAAACGAUAGGGAGCCCCUCUUAUAGGAGGGUUAUGGACACCAGGACUACCUACAGCCGCACCAGCGCCUCCCCAUCCAGCGGCUACCGAUCCCAGUCCUGGUCCAGGGCGAGCCCGGGCACCUCGCUUACCGCCUCCUACAAGCGGACCUCCAACCUGGCCGUUCCCAGGGCAUACAGCUCCACGGUCCUCAGCUCUUCCGACAGCCUCGACUUCAGCCAGUCCUCCGUGCUCAAUGGGGACUACAAGCGCUCCAACGAGAAGGAGCAGCUGCAGGGGCUCAACGACCGCUUCGCCGGCUACAUCGACAAAGUGCACUUCUUGGAGCAGCAGAACAAGGAGAUUGAGGCCGAGAUCCAGGCGCUGCGGCAGAAACAGGUGACCCACUCCCAGCUCGGCGAUGCCUACGACCAGGAACUGCGGGAGCUGCGCUCCACGCUGGAGCAGAUCAACCACGAGAAGGCGCAGAUCCAGCUAGACACGGACCACAUCGAGGAAGACCUGCAGAGGAUGAAGGAGAGGUACGACGAGGAAGCCCGCAUCCGGGACGAGACGGAAGGCGCUAUCCGGGCGUUGAAGAAGGACAUCGAGGACUCUUCGCUGGUCAAGGUGGAGCUGGACAAAAAGGUCCAGUCGCUGCAGGACGAGGUGGCUUUCUUGCGCAAUAACCACGAGGAAGAGGUGGGCGACCUUCUCGCUCAGGUGCAGGCGUCGCAGGUCACGGUGGAGAGGAAAGACUACCAGAAGACCGACAUCACGGCCGCGCUCCGGGAGAUCCGCCAGCAGCUGGAGGGCCACUCGUCCAAGAACCUGCAGCAGGCGGAGGACUGGUUCAAGUGCCGCUACGCGAAACUCACCGAGGCGGCGGAACAGAACAAAGAUGCCAUCAAGUCAGCCCGGGAGGAAAUCGCCGAGUACAGGCGCCAGCUGCAGUCCAAGAGCAUCGAGCUGGAGUCGGUGAGGGGCACCAAGGAGUCGCUGGAGAGGCAGCUCAACGACAUCGAGGAGCGCCACAACAACGACCUGACCAGUUAUCAGGAGACAAUCCAUCAGCUGGAUAACGAGCUGAAGGGGACGAAGUGGGAGAUGGCCCGUCACCUGAGGGAAUACCAAGACCUCCUCAACGUCAAGAUGGCCCUGGACAUCGAGAUUGCAGCAUACAGGAAGCUCCUGGAAGGGGAAGAGACACGGUUCAGCUCAUUCUCAGGCAGCAUCACUGGCCCCUCAUUCCCAUACCGCCAGCCUGUUGCCCCAGCCAAGGCCCCCAAGGCCAAAGCAGAGCCCCCCAAGCUGAAGGUGCAGCAUAAGUUCGUGGAGGAAAUCAUUGAGGAGACCAAGGUGGAAGACGAGAAGGCUGAAAUGGACGAUGCCCUAGCCGCCGUGGCCGAAGAGCUGGCGGCUGACCUGGGGGAGGCAGAGGAAGCAGAGGAGGCAGCUGCUGAGGAGGAGGAAGAGGAGGAGGUGAAGGAGGAGGGAGAGGCGGAGGGUGAGGCCGCGGAGGAAGAGGUGGUGGCCGCCAGCAAGGCCGAAGUGAGUGCAGCCGCUCCUGAGGAGGAAGAGGCUGAGGAGGAAGGAGAGGAGAAGGAGGGAGAGGAGGCUGAGGAAGGGGAGGCUGAGGAGGGCAAAGAAGCUGAGGAGGAGGGAGAGGAGGCAGAGGCAAAGGAGGGAGAGGAAGAGGAGGGAGAAGCUGAGGCGGAGGAGGAGAAGGAGGCCGAGGCAGCAGAGGGAGAAGAGGCAGAACAGGCCGAGGAAGGAGCUGAGAGCCCCCAGGCUUCAAAACCAGAGCCCGAGAAAGAGGAAGAGGCAGAGGAAGAGAAAAAGGAAAGCGCAGGCGAGGAGGAGGAGGGAGAAGCAGACGAGGCCCAGAAGGAAGAAGAGAAAGAGGAAGCAGCAGCCAAGGAUGAGAAAGUGUCUAAGGAGGAAGAGGAGGAGGCUGGCGACAAGGCAGAGGAAAAGCAGGAGGAAGGAGGAGAGGGGGAGGAAGAGGAGGAGAAAGAGGAGGCCCAAGCCGAAGAGGCAGUGUCCAAGACUGACGCCGCAAAGACAGGUGCCGAGAAAGAGGAAGAGAAGGGGGAGCCCGAGGGCGAAGGAGAAGAGGUGGGGACGGAGGAUACUGCUGUGAACGGAGACGUGGAGCAGAAAGGAGACGAGAAGGAGGAAGAGGAGAAGGAGAGCAAGGAGGUGAUCACCAACGGUGUGGAGGAGAGCCCCACCAAGGAUGAGCCUAGCCAGAAGGUGGUGAUCACCAAGACGGUGGAAACCAUCACCACAGGGGAGGACGGCGCCAAGCACAUCACCAAAUCCGUCACGGUCACCCAGACAGUGGAGGAAGUGGAGGAGGUGCUGCAGGAGAAGCUCGUGUCCACCAAGAAGGUGGAGAAGGUCACCUCCCAGUCGGUGAAGGAGGUGACGGAAACCGAGUGAAGCCGACGACAAGACACCCACCUGAUCUUUCAAACUGAAGGAGGCAAGUCCUGACGACUUGUUUUCACACAACUAAAAACCGAUGAAACAAUGGAGAUUCACUGCAAAAUAGAAAUUAUAAUACUGUAAAAAUAAAAAGCAUAGAGAAAGCCAUAUGAUACGACAGCUAUUAAAACUGCAUGUGAGUGAGCUUUAAAUGAGCUUUUCGGCAGGUUCUCUUGUAUGGGUGGGAGGGAGGGGGGAGGGAGGGCUGACCGGCUCUAAUUCAUUUUCGUGCAAUCGACGGGAGGGGGUGGGCGACUGCAUGCGUGCACACAGAAGUACGCCCUCUACAGAGCGGGGGAAGGAGCCACUUCACCUAUUAAUAUACAUACAGUAACCUACGGAGUGCAUGAGGGAAACAGAAUCGCGUCUGGAAAAGAAAAAAAAAAACAGGGAAUUAUUAUCGGGGGGGGGCAGUGGAGGAGCGUUUAAAGAAGUAUUAUGCAAAGAUUCAACUGAGCCAAAAAAAUAAUAAUACACAGAAACUACAAAAUGAAAAUUACACUAAUAACGAUAUAAAACAAAAACUUCUAGCCUUAAAAUGCUAUAUGUCGAUGUUUAUUAUGUUUACCUCGAGAGUGCAAUUACAAACUAUAUAAUUAUACACGUGCAUCAGAUGGACUUUUGUUCAAGAACCAACAUGUUUGGGGGUGCAUUGACGUGCCUCCUGUCGCUGACUCAUGUAAAACUUUUCAGCAGCAACUGCUCAAUAAAGGUCAUACUGAAAUCUU